CCCGCAGCCCAGGAUGCAGUUUCGCCUCUUCUCCUUUGCCCUGAUCAUACUGAACUGUAUGGAUUACGGCCACUGCCAAGCCGGCCGCUGGAGACGCAGCAAGAGAGCUAGCUAUGGACCAAAUCCAAUUUGCAAAGGUUGUUUAUCUUGUUCAAAGGAUAAUGGGUGCAUCAGAUGCCAACACAAGUUAUUCUUCUUCCUGCGAAGAGAAGGAAUGAGACAGUAUGGUGAAUGCUUGCAUUCCUGCCCAUCGGGGUACUACGGACUCCGAACGCCAGAUAUGAACAGAUGUUCAAGAUGCAGAAUAGAAAACUGCGACUCCUGCUUUAGCAGAGACUUUUGUACCAAAUGCAAAACUGGCUUUUACUCGCACAGAGGUCGCUGCUUCCGAGGAUGCCCCCCUGGAUUUGCAGCUUUGGAAGAGCUUAUGGAAUGUGUGGAAGGCUGUGAAGUAGGUCAGUGGAGUGAGUGGGGAACUUGCAGCAGAAAUAACAAAACAUGUGGAUUUAAGUGGGGCCUGGAAACGAGAACAAGACAAAUUGUGAAGAAGCCAGCAAAAGACACAAUACCGUGCCCAACCAUUGCAGAAUCCAGACGGUGUAAAAUGGCCAUGAGGCAUUGUCCAGGAGGAAGAAGGCCAACAAAAACAAAGGACAAGAAAAAGAAGAAAAAGAACUUAAUGGAAAGAGCUCAGAAGCAGCACAGCAUCUUUUUAGCAACAGAUAAAACAAGCCAGUAGAGACUUGAUUUUCUUUAAUAUACUUUUUUUGCAAAGCGCACAAAAGCUGCUAUAUGCUCCUGCCCAUGGAUGCACUACGAUUCAGCUGCUUUGACAGUAUUGGUGGCAAAUACCUUGUGAAAAAGUAAAAAAAGUCCACAAGCUUCUUUGUUUUAUUUAUAUAUUUUUUAUUUUAUUUUUUCUUGUAAUUUUUGACCUGAAGACUUCAAGGUCAGGAGCACACUGAGUUGAAUCAGUGGAAGUGGUGCUGAAGGGCAUCAGAGAUUUUGUCCUGGAUGCCUGGUCAACAUGUUGACACAGAACGGAUGCAGGAAAGAAACCUAUGUAUCACCAUUAGGCGGACUUGUGCAUAUUUAAAUAAAAAAAGAAGGAAGUCUUGAAGGUGUAGGUACUCUUGCAUUUAUGGCCUUUGUUUCCUAUAUUUGAACAUUUCAAGAGUAAAUAGAUAUGACUUACCUACUUAGUGUUAAUGUACACUGUUCUCAGCACCUGCUACAUUGAAACAGUUGUGUAAUAAAACUGCUUUAAGACAACAUAACAUGGGAAUUACUGCUUAGACUUACAGAAGCACAACAGACUCUUUGUGUACAUAUUACUCUGUCUACAUAUAAAUGAACAUAUUUACUGUACAUCUAUGCAUUUUUAUGUAUAAUACUUUAUACAUGUUUAAAGUUAUGUCCUGUUGGUUCUAGUAAUACACUUUAAAAUAAUCUAGUAAAUGUUUACUUUUUACUAUG